AUGUGCCAGUCAAAAAUAGGGGAAGAGAAAGACUGGUCUAGCCUGAUGUUUAACUCAGAGAAACUUUCUACCGGAAAAGAAGCCCCUUCGAGAUUUUGGGAUGACAGGAAUAAGAAGAACUUGCAUUCUUUCUUACCAUCACAUGAAGUCGACGUCAAUAGUUUACUCCCUGAUAUUUCCUCUAUUUUUGUUAUUAGUAUCACUCCGCACAUUCUAUUAGUGGAAGAACUUAUCAACGAACCGAACGAGAUCGUUAUAGCAACUAAGUUUGAGAUGCAAAUCUUUCGAUCGGCCAUAAGCGUACAGGGUGAAGAAUUCUUCGCGCAGCUAUUGAAGCACAAAUUCCGUCCCAAUGGUAUGCCCAUUCAAGAGUCUCUGUAG